AUGGGAUCUUCAACUAAUGUGAAAGAACUGGUUGUACAACUACAGACAUUACUUACAGAUUUGAAAUCAAAACCUGAAUUAGAACAAAUUAUUAAUAAUGAAGAAAAUGUUGUACGUUUUCUCAAAGCACGUGGUUGGGAUUUACAAUCUGCUGAAAAAAUGAUGCGUAAAGAUUUACAAUGGCGUCAAGAAUUUCGACCAGAUUUAACUGAUUGUAAAAAUUGUCACAAUCAACCAGGAACGCAUAGUUUAAGACAAAUUGGAUUCGAUGAAGUUGGCCGUCCAGUUAUAUAUGCAUCAUUUUGUCAGGCUAUUUCACAUCGUAACUUAUCAAAUGAUGCAGUCACUCAUCUGAUAUAUACUAUUGAAAAUGCAGUUCGAAGUAUGAAAUCUGGUAUUACACAAUGGGUUUUUGUAAUUGAUUGUACAGGUAAGUUUAAACAUGAAUUGAUUCUUGUCUUUAUGUUUGAAGUAAGAUUUAAUGUCAGGUGA